AUGUCUGCUACCAGGUACCGGCGGUUCUUAAAGCUGUGUGAGGAAUGGCCGCGGGACGAGGCCAAGAAAGGCCGUGAUUUGGGAACGUUUCUGCGGCAGAGAGUAGCUUCAGCCUUCCGUGAGGGUGAAAACACACAGAUCUCCGAUUCAGAGAAGUGCGACCAGAUGUAUGAAAGUUUGGCCCGCAUUAACGGCAACAUAUACAGACAACGAUUUCCUCGUGUAAGAGACACAAGCUUUACUGGAGUUACGGUGGAAGAGUGUAAAGUGCUUUUGUCAGGGAGUGUGCAACAGAUGGACGACGAUAAAAAGGGUUUGUGGAAGACGUUAAUGGAGAGAUUCUCCAAAUCACCAGAAGACGUUCCAGAGAAAGCUCCUGAAAAAUAACAUUUUGUUCCCUCUUCUUUCUUUUCUUUUCUCAUUGCAUGUAUAGAAAUAAAGCUUAUUGUUGGUGUCUUUA